GUCAAAAUGAACAAAUUACCAGCAGAAGUCCUCAUACCUAUCUUUUCCUACUUAAACAAGCCAGAUCAUCUGGAAUGUGUACACGUCUGCAAGCAAUGGUACGAAAUUAUCAGCAACAGCUUCUUGUACCAGAAAGUAAAAUUCGGAACUGCGGACAACCUUCACAAGGCCAUCGACCUGUUCGAUAGAAAACGUAAGUUUGGUGAGCUUGUAGAAGACUUGACCAUUAGGAAUUGUAGGCUUGACGUCUAUUCUAUCUUGUCUAUGCCCAGACAAAUACCUAAUGUCAAGUUCUUGAACUGGAGUGAGCCCGGAAGACCAUCCUCCCAACGCAGAAGGUUAGACGACGCGACAGAUAUACCUUCCAAGCUAGUAUACAAUCGCGAACUCGGUAAAUGGAAGAAUAUUGAAAAAAUAACAGCAAGGGUGGAGAGACUUCCUUUUGUAUCCAUGUUGCUUGAAUCUACUCCACUUAUUCACUUGACUGAACUGGACCUUUCAUUUGAUUCGUUGGCCGUGUGUGGUGUCUUUGAUGAGGAUUCUUUGGAUAGGAUUCACGCCUAUGUCAAACUGCUUAUGAAAAAUAUUAAAAGUGCUCCUGAACUUAGGGAAAUCAAGCUGAUACACCCGGUCUUAGAUUUGGACGAAAUGGAGUUAUUACAUGCUGGUACACCUAAACUCAAAAAAAUCGAAUUCGAAGGAGUUGUCCUUGGUAGUGGUGCUCAAAGUGAUAUGGUAGUCAUUGGUGAUACAAUGAGAUACCGAGAAGGACGCAGCAUUGCACAAGAGCCAGCAGAUUCUAUCACACAGCUUCUCAUUAGUUUUGUGGUGAACGCUGAUCCCUCAAGUAUACACAAUGUCGCAGGACCUGCAAAAGAAGUCAUGUUUAAUUGGCUGUCUUAUAUCGGUAUCAAAUACAACAACCUUGAAUACUGGAUGUUAAAAGGCCAAGGCAAGACCUACUUACCUAGGAUCCAAGAAUUUGAACAACCCACUGUCAAGAUCAUCAGCAAGUUGAAAAAAAUAAAGACCUACCAUGCAUUUCUCUACCCAAUCACAAAAGCAGUGACGGAUGCCUUUGACAGAAACGAAAAUGGAACACUAAAAAGUCUCUUGCUAUACACUGACAGUUUGGAAGAAUUGGAAAGUCAAAUCAACUUUGUAAACACAUCCAAGCAAGCUAGAACCAUAACUACUCUUAGAAUCAAUGGACAAGGCAUGGAUAUGGUGGAUUGUCCUGUCUUCGAUACUCUUCUUGCUGGCUUGGCUCAGAAUUUUAUUGCGUUGAGAAGUUUGAUGAUAAAAGUCAAUAUGCACUACUCUGCCAUGGUCAAGUUCCUACGAACAUUGCCCGAACUGACUGUACUCCAUGUAUUUAAUUUACGGAUCAACUUGGGAGAAUCGAUGCCAUUCGCCCCGAUUGUUAAAUGCAAUUUACAUCAUUUGUCUGUGGAUCUCGACUGCGAGAAGAAGUCUACUAUGUAUCAGCUGAAUCAAUACUUAGAUUUCUUGCUUCAAUCAUGUCCCCAAUUGAUAAACUUCAGAAUAGGUGGAAAACUGGCGUUCGUUAGAGGUAUCGUGAGGCUGUGUUUCUUCGAUCACCCUAAUUUGGAAAGCAUAUUUGUCAAGAUUCAAGGUGUUCAAUACUACACGUUCCCAUGGACCGACGGAAAGCAAGGAAUAGAGUGGGAAAACUAUCAUAAGGAGGCUGUUGUAAAGGAUAUGACCGGAACAAAACUGCAUGUUGAAAUUUCAUUUAGAGGUGAUCAAGUAAAGCUUGAUUUGGCUAAAGCCCCUGUAACUUUGAUUUAAAUUCGGUCUUUUUCGAAUAAAAUAUUUUUUUUUAUCAGUGUA